AGUAUAACGAAUGUUACUGACCUGCGUGAAUGCAUGUCUACUGCGUGUAACAACAUGGCAAAUGUUAUCAACUUUUAUCCAAAUGAAUUACCAAAGUUGUGUGACACGAGGUAUUGUAAUUGGGAGUUCGAUGAUUACUUUUUUAACAUUGGCAAUUCGACUGAACAAGUAAUGAUCUAUAGCCUUUCUCAUCUUGCCUUACAUUGCGACAUUUACAGACAGUUGGAAACGGUACCAGUACGACUUCCAUUUGGACCAGUCUGUUUUAACACACCUCUUUGUGGACAAGGCUCCGUUGAAGAGGUAUUCUGUAAAGCUGGCUCUAAUAUUGUGACAUAUUUAUCUAACUCAAGUAAUUCUUCCGUGGCCUAUACAUGUCCCAGUAACUACGAAGGAACUGGAUGGGAAUACAGGUUUGAGCAUGAUGUUUGUUUAGAUGAAGAAACUCACUCUGAGUGGCUCAUUCAGCCCUUCCCAGGAACUCCAGUCUGCAACUCUUCCUUAUUCGUUAUAAAAAGACUUUAUUUCCAAUGCUUUAUGUCGACGUGCAAUCGAUCAGUUGAGACUUACCAGGUUAGGGACUUGAGACAAUGUAUGUUAUAUGCCUGUAUAAAUGGAGCCAAUGUCAUCAACUACUAUAGUAAUGGGGAGACGCGGUUUGUGAAUUGUGAUCUGAGAUAUUGUAAUCCUGUUGGAAACGGUGAAUAUGAUUUAAAAUUGGCAAACAGGGCUGCUCCGGGAUAUGAUAUUUAUGCACUCUUUUAUCACGAAGCAUCCCCAACGACGGCACCAACAAAAAUGACAUCUGUUCCAAGAACCGAAGCAUCAACAUCGAUAAUUUCAACUGCAAUCACUGAAACUAUUAAAUUAAACACGACAACAUCUUCUACUACCAGAACAGAGGCCGAAGUAUCAACGAUUUCAUCUGCAAUCACUGAGGCAACUAGUACUUUCAACACGACAACAUCGUCAGCUACCAGAACUCAGGCCGGUGUAUCAACAUCAACAAUUUCAUCUGCAAUCACUCAAGCAACUGGCGCAUCCAACAUGACAAACACUACAGCAAAGGCCAUCAUAAAUGAUCAUGAAAAGGCCAUCUUAAGAACAAUCACAAUCACUUUGGGGAUAAUUCUGUUCAUCGCUAUAUGUGUCAUAGUUAUUCUACCUGUUAUGUACAGACGACAGCCAGCGAUGUUAAAGCAAAGAACGAAUUUCGGUACUAACAUGGACGAUUUAACGACCAUGCUAGAAAAGGUUAAGACCCAAAUGGGCUCUGAUAAUGUGGCAAUGGCCUAAAAGUACGACUAGAAGGACAAAAUAAUUACGAACCAAACUGUAAUUUUAAGGACUGCUCGGUGUAAUGAUAUGUCACAAGAUGUGCAAUAAAGGACUCCCACGACGAACGUGUCCGUUCCAAACAGUUUCCGUUACCCAAGUAUCCGUUCCAGGCACUGUGAGGUUACACGUGCCUAACCCCCCUAUCACACCAAACUAGUUCUUACCCGUUCUUGCCAGUCCUACGAAAACGUCGUAAAACGGGCUCAAUCUGGCUGUGGUCGGGAAAUAUGUCUAAAAUAAUUAGCUACUUCGUUCAUAAACAGUCUUCAAUACGUCCAUCUCAUUCGCAGUGCGUUCAGGUCGCACCACGUCGGUGUGCAACGUCGUAUAACGCGUCCCUUAAUCUAGAAGGUCAUCAUGACCUGAUUACAGAACGGUAUGGUCACCAUCGAAUUUUGAAUCGAUUCAAAAUUCUAAAUCACAUUCCCCGUCCGGGAAAGUCCAUGAAGUUCGUAAACAGACCGUAGAACGUUGUAG